UCUGAGAAUCUACGUCUUUUUCUGGGGAAAGUGUCGCUUUAUGUGCGGACUGUUUCUCUGUUAGAGUGCGGACCGGAAGCGCAGUUUCUGCCGCAGUUAGCGGCUAAGGCUAGCGGAGCGGAGUUCUCGGUUAGGUCCUCCAGAACAGAGGACGGAGAGAGCACAGCAGAGAUGUUUGAAAAUGUCCCGACAGUGUCCUCGACUGAGCGUCAGCAGGUGCUGGCAGCUCUGGAGCGUCUGCAGGCCAAACUGGUGCAGCGGGAGGAGUGGACCCACAGCGAAACCCUGGGAAACCUGCGGGAGACGCUGCAGAGCCCGCUCUUUAACCACAUCCUGACCCUUCAACACUCGAUCAAGCAGCUCCGCAGCCAGCUAAGCGCCAUGCCUCCCAACACCAGCAGCGAUUUCAGUUUCUCCAAAAAAGGUCAACUGAUCAUGAGCGUCGAUCCAGUCAGUGGCCCGGCCCCACCCACGCUAUCCGCGACCUCCUCCAUCCUCACCAAUGGCUCGUUUCCGCCCAAACGUCAGACUCCGCCCACACCUGACCUCCAGAAGUGGAUUCUUGAUGCUGCCAAGGGACGUCCCACUGACGUGGUCAGAUUGACUCGUCCUCUGACUGGCGGUCUGGGCUUCAGUGUGGUCGGUCUGAAUCCAACAGGAAGCAGUAGCCGCGGCGUCUUCAUCAAACACGUCCAGCCCGGAGGAAUCGCUCACAGGGAUGGGCGUCUGCAGGAGCGGGACCAGAUCCUAGUGAUAAACGGCAGUCCUCUGGAGCCGGGCAUCAGCCAGCAGCAGGCGCUCUCCCUCCUGCAGCAGCCUGGAGAGACGGUGGAGCUGGUGGUGGCGAGAGGCCGCCCACCUGACGCAUCGUUGCCGCCCACAACACCAAUCAACCCGGAUCAGUGGGACCACGUGGAGGAGAUCGAGCUGGUCAAUGAUGGAUCUGGUCUUGGUUUCGGCAUCGUGGGCGGGAAGACGUCCGGAGUGGUGGUCAGGACGCUGAUACGAAACGGUGUGGCCGACAGGGAUGGGCGCCUCCGCACAGGUGACCACAUCCUUCGAAUCGGGGCAACACCGACCAGCGGCCUCACCAGCGACCAGGUAGUCCAGGUGCUGCAAGGGUGCGGGAGCCGCGUGAACAUGCUCAUCGCCAGAGACCCCCAAGGUCAACAAGCAGCAGCACCUCCUCCCCCACCACCUCCUGUCUCUGCCCCCGUUUCCUCUUUACCACCCCAAACCCCCAAGCUGCCUCCCCAGAACCCGCCCCAGCGCCGUUUCAGCAAGGCGCCCAAUCUGGAAGGAUACGAGAUCCAUGAGGUUACUCUCUCCAAGAUGGAAGGACAGAGCCUCGGCAUCUCCAUCGUCGGCUACAACCCUCUGACCAGCCAAGAUGCAGUCGGUGUGUUUGUCAAACACGUGGUUCCCGGCAGCGCAGCGGAUCAGAGUGGGAACAUCCAAGUCCAAGACCGACUGAUCGCUCUGGACGGUGUCAGUCUGCACGGUCUGACCAACCAGGAGGUUCAGGAGGUGAUGAAGCAGACGGGUCAGACUGUCAUUCUCACUCUGGUCAGGAAGAAAGCCAGAGCUCUGGAGAGAUCGUUGGAUAAAGUGGAGAGAGAGCCUUCUCGAGUUUCUCUCAGGAGGUCAUCGGAGGUCAAAGCUCACUUGUCUGGGUUUGGAUCCACGAUGAUGAAGCAGGAAUCAACAGACCUAAAUUCAGCACAGCUAAACAGGGAUGGUGAAUUUGGAUCCCGUGAUCGAAGACGAUGAAGAGCUGCAGAAGUCAUCGAAGCUGCUGCCUGUCCACACUCUGCGUCUUGGGGUCGAGUUGGACUCCUUUGAUGGUCAUCACUACAUCUCGUCGGUGGCGCCCGGAGGCCCCGUCGACAGACACGGAGUCCUGAGACCCGAAGACGAGCUGCUGGAGGUGAACGACGUUCAGCUGUACGGAAAGUCUCGCAGAGAAGUGGUGUCGUUCCUCAAAGAGGUGCCUCCUCCGUUCACUCUGGUCUGCUGCCGACACCCGAUCGCCGACCUGGAACCAGAAUCCGAAUCUGAACCAGAACCAGUACUACGACUAGAACCGAAAGCAGGACCGGCCAGACAGUCGCAGCGGGGUGUGGAGGAGAUCGAGAUGAAGCUGUCAUCGAUGCUCUGCAGUCAGACGCUCCUGAGAGAUGAUAGCAGUGGCAGACAGGAGCAGGUCUCACCUGUAGAGGUGGUGCUGAGGGAGGAGCAGACCCACUACACCCAGGAUGAGGAAGAAGAAGAGGAGGGAGAUGAGGAGGAUGAGGACGGAGAGCUUGCUCUGUGGUCUUCGGACAUUCAGGUGUUGGAGCUGCAGAAAGAGCGAGACAAAGGCCUCGGCUUCAGCAUCCUUGACUACCAGGACCCGCUGGACCCCGGCAGAUGUGUGAUGGUGAUCCGGUCUCUGGUACCUGGCGGUUCAGCGGAGCUCCACGGCGGUUUGCUCCCCGGAGACCAGCUUGUGUCAGUCAACCGCACCCAGCUGGACAUGCUCAGUCUGGCCGAGGCUGUCGAGGUUCUCAAGUGUGCUCCGCCUGGUACGGUCCGCCUGGGAAUCCGGAAGCCUCUGGUGGUGGAGGCACCAGAGAGGAGAGAGGACAGCAGCACAUCACUACCUGUGGCAAAGGGUUUCAGCGAGGCCGCCAUCCUUCCACAGAGCCUUCAUCUGGAGGAGGAAGAGGAGGAGGAGGAGCCAGAGCUGAUCCUGGAUGCUCUCCCUCGCUACGCCACCUCCUCUCUGACCUCUGACCUCCGGCCAGAGGAGGAAUUCAGGGAGAUGGGUGUUGAUGAAGAGGAGGUAGAGCCGGAGGACAGCGUGAGCCCCGCCCCCGGGAAACCCCCACCAACUUGGGAAGAGUGGAAGUUGGCCUCCCUUACCCGAGCUGGGGGGGCAGAUGAGGCCUGGAGCAGAGAGAUGCAGGAGGAGGAAGACCUGCAGAGAUCGGACCAUGAAAGCAUUGUGUCUGUGGGAAAGCUGAUUCUGGGUCUUCCGGACUCCAGAGACAGCGAAGCAGACUCUGAGCUGACUCUCACGGACACUGACACAGAGUCUGUCAGGAGGAUUGAUACUGCGAAGAGGAAGAGGCGGAGCCAGGGGGGAUCCUCUCUGCCAAUCAGUGGCCACAGCGACUUGCCUGAAAGAGAGGAGGGGGAAGGACAGGAAACACCUGCCUUCAGCCACUGGGGACCGCCCCGCAGGGUGGAGGUGUGGCCUGAGGAGGGUCAGUCUCUGGGUCUGAGCAUCGUUGGAGGUCGCCAUGUCAUCAAGCGACUGAGGAAUGGAGAGGAACUGAAGGGAAUUUUCAUCAAGCAGGUUUUACCCAACAGCCCCGCCGCCAACACCCACUGUCUGAAGACCGGGGACAAGAUCCUGGAGGUGUCAGGUGUUGACUUGCGAGCUGCCAGUCACGAGGAGGCGGUCAACACGAUCAAAUCUGCCCCGAGCCCUGUUGUCUUCAUCGUCCAGAGCCUGACAGCAACUCCACGGCCCAUGUCUCUGACAGCUUCAACCAUCAGCAGAUCCCAAACGAAGAGGAUGGAGUCUCCGAAAUCAGAGGUAGUGCUGCCCCCCCCGAGACAGCCCCCACCCUACAGGCCUCCCAGCUACUCAGACAAGGAGCUAAACUCUGACUUGGAGGAGGCCAAAGAGCGGUGGUGUGAGCGUUAUGGAGACCUGCGAGGGGAGCUGCUAUGCGUGGAGCUGGAGAAGGAACGGCAGGGUUUGGGCCUCAGCCUGGCGGGGAACAGGGAUCGCUCCCGCGUCAGCAUCUUCGUGGUCGGGCUCCAUCCCGGGGGGCCGGCUGCCCGCGAUGGGCGCAUUCAGAUUGGAGAUGAGCUUCUGGAGAUUAACAACCAGAUUCUUUAUGGGCGGAGCCACCAGAACGCCUCAGCCAUCAUUAAGAGUGCCACCUCCAAGGUGAAGCUCAUCCUGCUCAGAAACGACGAUGCAAUAAACCAGAUGGCCGUCCCUCCCUUCCCCUCUCCCCCUCCACCACCCUCUCUCAGCCCAGCCAGCCCUGAGUGUAUCUCGCCCACCCUGCUCAGUGGAUCCACCCCCUCUGACGGGCCCUGCCCCCCCGACGGCUUGACGCUCCACCCGCUGUCGGAUGCGCCGGACGAGCCAAGCGACGAAGCCGAGCAGAACAGCAGGAGCAGGAACAGCGUCCCCGAGAGUCUGAGAGAGGCCAACACUUUCAGAAAGAGGCUGAAAGCUACAGAGUCUCCAGAAAAUGAGCUGCAGGCUACACCGGAGCAGCAGUCACACAGUAAACGGAUGGCAGCUUCUCCUCCUCUGAUCAGCCCCGAUCAGCACAGAGACCCAACCUGUUGUGCUGUGGUUCCUGGUCAGGAGACACUGCUCGAGAUCUGCAAAGGUCGAUCUGGACUGGGACUCAGUAUAGUGGGAGGAAGAGACACACAGCUGGAUGCCAUCAUGAUCCACGAGGUGUACGAAGAAGGAGCUGCAGCCAGAGAUGGGCGUCUGUGGGCCGGAGACCAGAUACUGGAGGUGAAUGAAGUGGAUCUCCGCGGGGCGUCCCACGAGGAGGCGAUCGCCGCCCUGCGUCAGACACCGGCUAAGGUCCGCCUGACAGUCCUGAGGGACGAGGCUCAGUACAGAGAUGAGGAGAACCUGGACGUCUUUAAGGUGGAGCUGCAGAAGAAGAGCGGCAGAGGGCUGGGGCUCAGCAUCGUCGGGAAGAGGAGUGGCAGCGGUGUGUUUAUCUCAGAGGUGGUCAGAGGGGGCGCUGCUGAGCUGGACGGCCGGCUGAUGCAGGGAGAUCAGAUUCUGUCAGUGAACGGUGAUGACGCGAGACAUGCUUCCCAGGAAGCUGUGGCUGCCAUCCUGAAGUGUGCUCGGGGUCCUGUCCUGUUGGAGCUCGGCCGACUCAAAGCUGCCUCCUGGAUCACAUCCAGACGUAACUCACAUGGGAGCCAGAUGAGUCACGCCAGCACAAACAGCUCAGGCGUUCCAGCUCCGUCCCUCACACAGUCACCUGAGCCAUCUGACCCCCCAACUUCAAGCCUGCCCCUCAAUAACAACGCCGAGCCCACUGGUGAAAUCACUUCCUCCACCUCAGGGCUCGACGAAGGCAUCCGAACAGUGGAGAUCACCAGGGGUCUCGGCGACUCCCUUGGGGUGAGUGUAGCAGGAGGGAAGGGCAGUCCUCUGGGUGACAUCCCCAUCUUCAUCGCCAUGAUUCAGGCCAGCGGAGUCGCUGCUAAAACCCACCAGCUCAAGGUGGGAGACAGGAUCGUCAGUGUUAACGGGCAGUCUGUGGACGGCCUGUCUCACAGCGAAGUCGUGGCCAUGCUGAAGAACAGCUACGGAAACAUCAGCCUGCAGGUGGUGGCGGACACCAACAUCAGCGCCAUCGUCUCACAGGUGGAAAGUCUGACCAGCAGCUCCAUUCCCUCGGACAACACUGACACACACACAGCAGAGCCUGACGGUCCACGGCCUCGCAGCAUCAGCCUAGAAAAAGGUUCAGAGGGGCUCGGCUUCAGCAUCGUCGGUGGCUUCGGCAGUCCGCACGGAGACCUGCCGAUCUACGUGAAGACAGUCUUCAGCAAGGGCGCGGCAGCGGCGGACGGGCGUCUGAAACGAGGCGAUCAGAUCCUGGCGGUGAACGGAGAGAGUCUGCAGGGAGCGACGCACGAACAGGCUGUUGCCAUCCUGAAAAAACAGAGAGGAACGGUCACGCUGGAUGUCCUGUCAUAACACACAUCUGCUCACACACCUGCACACACACACGGAGCUCCUGCUGCGACGCACACGCUCAGACUCCUGGACAACAACUCUGAUAGUCACUCUGAACCCCAACACGCAAAAAAAUUGACAAAAGAAACGGUGUCAGACACACACGCGCGCGCACACUUCCUGUGCACGGGUUGGUGGGUUUUGGCCUUCUUUACAUGUUAAACAGAGCUUCUCAACCUCUGGGUCAGGGCGCCACAUUGGGUCUCAGCUGAUGUGUUCGUGCUUGCUGUUUGGAUCUAAAGUAAACUUCCCGCGCUGUAGUUUUCACGCUGUAAUAUUUAAUCCUUAAACAGGCGUGCCCACGCUUUCUAAAAUACCACAAAUCAAAGAGCUCCUAAACAGAUAAUAAAGUGCUCUUGUUGCUUGUUGCUUGCUCUUCUCCACCCUCUUGGACUGCAGUUGGUGGUCCUUCCAGAUGCGCCUUCGGGAGCAGUAACUCAUCUUUGAAGCGCUGCUGGUGAGUUAUUUUGCAUCUGCAGAAUCAGCAGUCACAAACCUGCUCACAGAAUAAUGGCUGCGAGCAGCGUAACAGCUCGAUCCAAAAUACCGCCAGAUAAAUGUUCUGCACCCCCCUUUCAUCUUUACUACAAUAACGAGCAGGUCGGUCUGACACCACCCAGCUCAAGCUGUCCUCGACUGUGCAGCAACAUGAGUGGCUCAUUUGUUUCUCACUGGGUGCUGAUUGACUGAUUUUGCAGUUAAAGCAGUUUUCCAGAACCGGGACGACCAUCACCAAGGAUGUGUAAGUGGAAUCUGCCCAAGGAUAGCUGAACCUGGUCAGCCUGCCUAGUUCGAGAGAAUGAGAACGAGAAGGAAUUAAUUGAUCGCUAAUAAACUGAUCUCGCACCACGUUGUUCUCAGGUAGAGAUAAAAACGAGUCAGCUGAUAUCCUGUAGCAUCAAUUCUGUCCUGUAAUCGUGGAACCGACCCAACCCAACUAUAAAAUCUGAUGUCAUAACCCAGAACCAGGUUGAGAAGCUCUGCUGUUAUUUAUCCUUUGAUCGACACAACGCUCCGUACUGACGGAGGCAUGGCCAAAUCAGCCUGCACUAACUGAUACUAACUGAGACACGGACUGAUGGGAAACCUUUCACGAAUGGAACCAGAGGAACAAAAAGGGAAAGAUGUGGCUGAUGUUAGCCUAGCAUCUCUUCUGUGGUCCACUGUUAGCCGUGUAGUAGCCGUUAUUGUAAAAGUGAAGACCGAUGUGGAGCGUAACGCCGCUGACUGUCAGCUUCCCUUUUUUUUUUUUUUUUUUCCUGCCAUCACAACCAGCCAAACAUGAAAGAAACAGCUGCUAGCCUUUAGUUUCAUCCUCAUAUUGGCUCUAUACCUGUGAUUUUCCACUCCAAACCUUUUUUUUCAUUUUUAAGAACUUUCAUUUGGGUCUAAAAGCACUUUUUCACCGCAGGAACUCAAACAAUGCACAAUCUGGAGCAAACAUUUACAAGAGCAGGCUCCAGUGGUCCUUUCAGACUUUAACCAAUCAGCAUGCAAGGAAGCCGAGCCAGAAAGCACAAUGUUUCCCUAAACCUAAUCAAACUGUAGCUGGACAUAUAUUUUAAAAUAACUAACUGUAAACACCAAGUCUGAAAAUAAUUCCACUUCCUGUUUGAUGGUUUCAUCCACGACAACCUGCAGCUCAUGUGGCUAUGUUUGGACUGCAACAUAAACAACACAUAGUUAUGUGACUGGCCAGUUCAAAUAUUUGAGCUUCAUUAAUAAGAUCUUUAAAGAACUUCACUUUUAGUUUUAUAGCUUAAAGGUGUGCAACAGACAGAUGGGAAACUCUAAGGGGGUGGGGGUGUCUCCUGGCAGUUAGACCCUGGUUCCUGCUGUGGAAAAGGUUCAUGUUUAGAUCUGAAAAUUACAGUCAUCGUUGGGUUUUAAUUACUGUUUUGUUAUUUUGUCAAGUAUUGAGCAAGAAAAGUGGCCAAAAACCUCCUUAUGAAAAAAUAUAAACCUGUAAGAGCUGAAAUCUGUAAACUUGUUUCCACAUAAAUCGUAGAAGAUGGGAAGAGACUAAUAACACAAAGUUUAUUCUAGAAAUGAGGAAACUGUUUCUUGCCAACAUCGCCAUCUAAUAGAAAAUGUUGUGUCCUAAAAACCUGCAAACUGUUCACUCAAAAUCUGGAAAAUGAAAACAGUGGGCGUGAAGCUCAUUGAAAUAUCCCUUCAUAACAGAGGUAUAUUUAUUUUUGAUUCCUUUUUAUUUAUUAGAGUGCUUCCACUGUAUUUCUGUUGUUUAGCCAAACAUGUUAAACGGUGCCAUCAUUUGAUACCAUCAUAUAUCCUCUGUUUCCACGUACGCUGACUGCUGAACAGAGCACACACAAGCAUACCGAUGUCAAACUCCCGCUAUUUUCCACUGAGUUCAUGCAACACUUUAUAGAACAUGUAAACAUGUCUGUCUCCAUGGAGACUCUCAGGACUCGGUGGGUAUGGAGACUCCUGUCGCCCCUGGCAACAGAUACAGUGUCUUCCACAUUGUAGUUGAAGGAGACGUGAAUAAAAGCAUCGGGCCGACAUUCAGUGAAAUCCUUGCGUUCUCCGUCAUGUUCUUUUCUUUGCUGCGGUCAGUCAUAGCCGCAAUCUGCUACUGAUCUCUGCAGUCAUGAGGAGGUGUCAACUAGCGACCACAAGCAACCUCCUGCAACCGGUGGUUACCGUGGCGUUCCUGACCGGUCUUUAGGCCUGUGCAGCUGCAUUCUGAACCCUCUCACCUCUGAGUAUAAGCAAAGAAUAUCGGCUGUUUUCACUCAGGUGUGCAUAAAAGUCCACACUGAGCAGCUUUUUUUCUGGUUUCUUCUCCAUGAGGAGUCUGUGCUGUGUUACCAGCUCUGUAAAACAGCAGAAGCUAACUUGAGAAAGUGUGGAAACUGGACAAGAGCUUUCCCCAGAGCUGCCACAGGCCUUCAAAUUCAGGUCUGCUGGUGGCAGAUAACUGCAGCUAACUGCAAGUUGCAAAUCUGCAAGUUGCAAAUUGCAACCAAUAAACUUCUAAUAUUAAUUCUCAUCCAGCAUCCAGAUCUUCUCAUUCAACAAAUAUGAGUAGAGCUCUCAGUUUAAUCCCUUUCAUUAAAUACCCAGUAUUUAUGAGCAGCUGUCCUGAAGUGCUAAGAAACUCAGUUUGUUUUAGACUGAGAAAACGACGAUCCAACUGAAUGUCAGCAUUUUGCUUUGAAUGGUUUCCUACUGUGCAGGUAGCUGUUUGUGGCUGCGCAUCUUCGUCUGACUCAAGUGUUUAGCAGCAGCUGAGCACCGGCCUCAGCAGCAUCCUGUACUUUAUACAUAUCAAUCAAAUGCAAAAUACUUUAUGUUCAACUUUUACUUUGUCAUAAUUAUUGUCUUAAUUUUUUGGUACUUCAUAUGCAAAUGCCAGAGUAGAUGAAAUCUAAUUUAUUUUUGAUCUUGUUGAGAAUUAACAAUGUAUUUUUGUUGCUGUUGUGUUGUUAUGAGCACUAAUAUGUCCGAAUAUCAGAAAUCAGAGUGGAAACCUGCAGCUUUGGUCUGCUAGCGCUUCCUUGUUAUUCUGCAUCAUUUCUUAAUCAUGUUCUCAGAAGUUGUUGAGAAAAUUUGUUUGAUUUCAAAUAAAUAACAGAUAAUAGAUCCAAACUGACUUUGAAGGACUGUUUUACUGUAUGAUUCUCAGUUCAAAAUGAUCUGUAGCCAAUCAGAAGAAAGCGUUGUUUUUUGUUUUUUUACUGCUGGCAGGUCAGCAGUCGAGAUUUAUUUCAUGGAGCUGAAAUAUUGGUAAUGACUCAGAGAACAACCAGAAGUUUGAAACCGAAUGAGGUUUGUACUAGUGUGUACAAUGUACUAGUUUUUCAUUAGCUGUUCAC